AUUCCUAUAUACACUUGGUAUGCUCCAUAUGUUCACUGCCUUUGACGUUUCAAGUGACGUUCGUUCGCAUAUCGUGGCGGGUUUUAACAUCCUAAUAUAUGAGUGUAAAACACAGUACAGCUCGAGGCGUUCCUCUACCAACGCGUCUAUGUAAUCCCUUUUCGUUCUCAAUACCGUUUUUAUUUUGUUCCUCCAUUUUCUGUAGUGUUUUUUUACUGAUAAACUUUUUGUGAAAGCCCUUGAGACUGCGAAUAUAAACACAUUUACAAAAAACCCCCGAUUCUCAAAAGCAGUCCAACAUGUUGCAGAAAAACUGUCGUUUUAGCGGGAAAAAGGCACAAACUCGUUCGACCUUGUGUCUUAUCUUGUCUCUAUGAUUCUCCCACACGUGUCACUGUCGUUUCGUUUUAAUAUCAAAAAAUUUUCUUCCACGGUCUGCACUGCAUCGUCAACGACACGUUAUCGUAGUACGUGCUUCCUCUUUUAAAUUCGUUCAAUCGCAUUUUUAACGUUCCGAUAAUCAUGGUUAAGCGAAAAUUUAUAUAACAAACGUGACUUUAAAAAUUUUCUUCGUUUAUCGCUAUAAGAAUGCAACGUUCGGCAAUUUUUACAUUCUUUGGUGUCUAUUCAUUCGUGAUUCCGUGUGAGGAAUACCCGUGAAGUCGUGUUUCGUUUUUUAAUGUUACAGUGGAACAAAAAUGAAAUAGUUGCAAACGUGACUCUUCCAUCGCAACGUCAGAAACGAUGUUUCAUAAAAAAAAAUACUCAUGAACUUGUGAUUGAUACUCACCUUUAGUAGACUUUUUCGGUGUUGUGACCAAAAAUUUACAAAAGUACCUGUUAAACCUAAGACGUAACAUAUUUGUGAGAGUCUUUUCGUUUGUAUUUCCUCGUUUUUUACUACUCAAUAAUGUCCCUGCCGAUGAGAGAUACACCUUGGGGUCUAUCCUUGAUAGAGUGGAUAUCUUCAAAAUGUUGCCCCCAAAGAGGCAUGAAUCGAUUGGCUUGGCAUCGUGGUGGAAUCCUUGCGCUCACAUAUGUCGCAUAUAUGUGUUACCAUCUCACUCGGAAACCCAUUUCCGUUGUGAAAAAUGUAUUGAAUAGAAACUGCAGUAUUUUAGCACCACCUGCGGAUAUUAUUAUUGAUGAUACCAAUCGUGACAAUUGGUGCGACUGGUCACCAUUCGACACUCAAGAUGCUUCCGCUCUCCUAGGCACCCUGGAUUCAGCCUUUUUGUUUGCUUACGCAGCAGCAAUGUUCCUAAGUGGAUUCGUAGCCGAAAGAGUGAAUCUCCGAUAUUUCCUGGCUCUCGGUAUGCUUGGCUCUGGUAUUGCAUCGUACCUCUUUGGAAUAGCGAAACCUUACAAUAUUCAUAAUCUUUGGUACUUCAUCGUUAUUCAGGCAAUCGGUGGAAUUUUCCAGACUUCUGGCUGGCCUGGAGUCGUGACGGUAGUGGGUAAUUGGUUUGGUAAAGGAAAGCGUGGUUUGAUUUUCGGAGUUUGGAAUUCUCACACGUCCUUGGGAAAUAUUCUUGGCACGCUCAUCGCCGCUGAAUUCGUCGAGUCGGAUUGGAGCUUGAGUUUUAUUGUUCCUGGCGUCGUGAUGGGCCUCUGUGGCUUUUUGAUAUUUCUCACGCUGGCUCCUCAUCCUCUUGAUGCUGGUUGCGCGCCACCGGGUCCACUCAAAUAUCGUAAACUCGAAGCUACUAACAGCUCGGAUGAAGGGAGCGGUGGCGAUGAUCCAGAGACGGGUCCUGUCGGAUCUGAGGACGAUGUAACGAGUGGGCGUUCAGAAACGAGUCCAAUGUUAUCGGUGAACCGGCAUUUGCAUAGCUCCAGUGGCGAGAGAGCAAUCGGAUUCAUCGGUGCCAUCAAAAUUCCUGGUGUUCUUGAAUAUUCACUGUCCUUAUUCUUUGCCAAACUCGUCAGCUAUACAUUCCUUUACUGGCUACCACUUUACAUUAGCGCCUCAACUACUUAUGGGGCGAGACUCAGCGCCGAUGUUUCGACGCUGUUCGACGUGGGCGGUAUAGCCGGCGCUAUCGCGGCCGGUAUACUUUCCGAUUGGAGCGGCAUGAGCGCUACCACGUGCGCUGUGAUGCUCGUAGCAACAGUUCCAACGUUAUUUCUGUAUGACGCGGUGGGAAGUUCCAGCCUGACUCUUAAUGUGAUAUUGUUGUUGAUCAGUGGUGUAUUAAUCAAUGGUCCUUACGCACUUAUAACAACUGUGGUUUCUGCUGAGCUCGGUACACAUCCGAGUCUUGGCGAUGACUCGAAGGCUCUUGCGACUGUCACUGCUAUAAUUGAUGGUACAGGCAGCAUUGGAGCUGCUGUUGGGCCACUUUUGGCUGGUUUGGUUUCCCGAUGGAGGGAUUGGCAUAGUGUAUUCUACAUGUUGAUGGCUGCCAAUGUAUUUUCACUCUUGUUCUUAUCCAGACUGGUUUACAAAGAUCUGAAAAUGUAUCUACAAAGACGUCGAGCUGUGUGGUCCAUAUAGACGAUUUUGUGCCACUAUUUGAUGUCUCCCUGUUUUCAAUAACAAAUAUACGUGUAUCAAUGUGAAAUAUAUGGAUACUAUACAUGGAAAUAAAUCUUAUUUUUAUAAAAAA